UUAAUUAUCAGCCUUUUUGCACCAAAGCGACAUUUAAUUGACUACAUGUGACAAAAGCCCUUUAAUCUUUAGAUUAGCGUUUCAAUUUCUGUCACCAUUUGUAGCUAGCCAGGGUUGAGUCCACUGUCCCGGCAUGGGGGACAUGAAAACCCCCGAUUUCGAUGACCUGUUGGCAGCGUUUGAUAUUCCUGACAUCGAUGCCAAGGAGGCUAUCCAAUCUGCGCCGGAUGAGGUCGAGGGGCAUCAAGGAACAGGCGCAGGGCCACUCAUAAAAUCCGGUGACGGUUCGGUUGGAGGAAGUUCAUCCCUCAGGUCUCCAAGCCCAUCCACGGAUUCUCAGAGCGAUCCUUCGAUUGUCAGUGUGAUUGUGAAGAACCGGGUUCGGCCUGAGCCCUUCGAUGGCAGUGACAGCUCGGAGCCAGAACCUCUCAACCAUAAUGGUUUUGUGUCAUCGGGUGGGGCAGUACAUAUGUCUCAGGCUCGGUGCCAGCCUAAUGGGGACCAGUGGCCUAUAUGCAGCUCCAAGAUGAUUCCAGAGACCACAGGACCUGUCCAUGGGUCAUCCAGCACCUCUAAACAGAGUACCAACAUCUUCAAUAAACUGAAGCCCCUGAUGGCACAAGGAGCUGGAGACUCGGUUGGAAGAGCUCGAAAAAUGCAGCUUCUGCAACAGCAACAUAUGCAGCAGGAUAUUAACUUAGAAGCUGCGGACAAGGCAAAAGCUCCUGCUGCUCCGAGCGCGGCAGCAUCUCCGUUCUUUCCCCCUCCUAAGCCACUUCUUUCUACUCCCUCCACAGCUUCAUCUUCCUCGCCAUCAUCAUCCUCUCCCUCCGUCGGUUCCCGUGUUUCUGGAGCUGUGGCAUCUUCACCGCUUGCUACAUCUCUAACAGAACCGUUUAACGGUACCCCACGUCUCGGUUCGUCAGGGUUUAGACACGAAGAUUCAGAUGAUGAGGAUUCAGACCCUGAUUCAGGAGGAUCUCUUGUCAUCCAUGAAAGUCCAGACUCUCCCAAUCCUCCAAAACUGUCACGCCGCUUGAGGUCUCCACCUGAAAGUUCACAGUCUCCUUCGCUCCCCUCAUCAACAUCCAUAUCGUCCAGCGCUUACCCCAAACAAGGUGACAUCCCCCUUGCGUCUCCUGCCUCACCCCAGGCUCAGCAGAACUGGCUUUCCAUACCUGCGCAGACAGGAACCGGAAAGAGUUUACCACAAGAGGAACGAAAUCCAGAACAUGUGAUCGAGGAACGAGACUCACCAGAGAGCCCCGAGCCUGAGAUCCCCAAGUCCACCAUGCCAACAUCAGCGGUUACCAAGAGAUCUUGCAGCCCAGCGGUGGCUUCAUCACCAGCUCCUCGAGAACCCAAAGAGGAAGAAGAAGAGAUGGAAGUAGACAAGGCGUCAACAGAAAACGGACAGGAUGUAAAUAACACGGAUGGGAAGGACAGUGACAAAAGGGAUGGAGAGAAAACGGAGGUAGAUAGAGAGAGCAACAAUGCACAGUCUCUUCCAGAAGACACCAUCUCAACACCCAACAGUAGUGGCAAAGCUGUAGCGGGUGGCAACGCCCCCUCAAGGCCUCUUAAAGUCCGGAUUAAGACCAUUAAAACAUCAACGGGAGGCAUCACCCGCACGGUCACCAGAGUGGCUGGGAAGGGAGGUGCCAAUGCAGGAAAAGGCACGGAUGCAAUAAAAGCUCAAACAGGCAGUCGAGCCGGCCCGGCCAAAGGAGCCCGAAAAAACGAUGGCACGGCCAGUCAAGUUGUUAAAACUCUACCAGUAACCACUCUUGAAGCCAGUAGUGCCAUGCUCGCUGCAGCCAGCAAAGUUCAAAACAAAAUGUCCGUGCAAUCCGAUAAAACAAAGGUCUCCGCCACGGCAGUCAGCAUCACAAAAGCCGCCAAUCUACCGAUCACGCCGGCUAUCGGUGGAAUAAGCGUGCGCCCCACGGUUGCCAAAACUAAUGGUGGCACGGCUAACGUUCAUGUACCUUGUAAACCGGCCUCAAUCGUCAACAGCACUGGUGCUGUUAUCUCCCGCAGUCAGUCUAGCCUGGUUGAAGCUUUCAACAAGAUCCUCAAUAGCAAGAACCUGCUUCCUAGCUACCGCCCAGACCUUUCUACUCCGCUACCAACUGAAUGGGGUCUUCCUAUGCCCACUACUGGCUACCGCUGCCUGGAAUGCGGCGAUGCUUUCGCUCUGGAACGAAGCCUGGCGCGACACUACGAUCGGCGCUCUUUGAGAAUAGAAGUGACGUGCAAUCACUGCGCAAAACGCCUGGCGUUCUUCAAUAAAUGCAGUCUGCUGUUACACGCUCGGGAGCACAAGGAAAGAGGCCUGGUCAUGCAGUGCUCACAUCUGGUGAUGAGACCUGUUACAGUCGAACAGAUGAUCGGCCAACAAGACACUACUCCUAUAGGUGUGCUCUCUCCCUCGCUCUCUUCUACACCUCUGCCAUCCACCAAUACUCCGACAGGAGCAACCCCAGUACCGUCCACUUCAAGUCCACUAAAGGACUCUCCAUCUCCAGGCACGACUUUAACCCAGCCCAACCCUGCACGCCGCGGGCCACAGAGUCCCCAGGCCCUAAUGCCCCUACCCUGCAAGAAAGGCGAAGCCCUGCAGUACAACAACUUCAAGUGUCCUGAAUGUCAAGCUCAGUUUACAAGCAAAGCUGAAUUAGUGACUCAUUUUCAACAAAUCAGAGCUACUCCUAACUCGACGUGUAUGCUUUGCUCUCCUCCUAUGAUGCUGCCUAACUGGUGCAGUGUGUCGGCCCAUCAGCGCAUCCAUAAGCAUCGUGCUCCUCACGUGUGUCCGGAGUGUGGUGGUACCGGGCGCCAGGCUACCUUUCAAACCCAUCUGGAAGAGGCCUGUCUGCAUUUUGCCCGCCGCAUCGGUUACAGGUGUUCCAGUUGUCAGGUUGUGUUCGGAGGUUUGAAUUCUAUCAAGUCCCACAUUCAGACUGCACAUUGUGAGGUGUUCCACAAGUGCCCCAAUUGCCCGAUGGCCUUCAAAUCUGCCCAGAGCGCCCAGAGCCACAUCACUUCCCAGCAUCCCACCCUCACAGCUGCACAGGCCAAGAUGAUCUACAAGUGUGUCAUGUGCGACACUGUGUUUACCCAGAAGCCUUUGCUCUACAUGCAUUUUGACACUCACCUGGCAAAACAAAAGGUGCACGUGUUCAAGUGUCCCGAUUGCACCAAACUCUACGCCCAGAAAGGCUCCAUGAUGGAACACAUCAAGACUGUUCACAGAGGCCUGUCAGCCAAAUCAGAGACCCCGCCCACCACCUCAUCUCCUGCCCCCGUCAGCAACACUGCCUCGAAACCUAAAUCAACAGAAAACAAUACUGAAGAAUUGAGCCAAGCACAUGGAGAGGAUGAAGAAGAUGGGCAAGAGGAAGAGGAGAGAGAGCAGGAAGGGGAUGGAAGGGAUGAGGAGGACGAAGAGGAGGAGAAUGAUGAAGAAGAUCAACCCAGUUCUCCAGAGAGCGGGAGCAUGGAGUGGAAGUGCAGGGACUGUAAGAAACGCUUCGUAGAAAGUGAAGAUUACAUUGAGCACAUGAAGGACGAUCAUGGGAAGUUAAUAAAGAAGUUCCCGUGCAGACUGUGUGAACGUUCGUUCAGUUCGGCCAACAGUUUGCGUCGACAUGUCCGUGUAAUACACGAAGGUGUAAAGAGAGUCUUCAACUGCCCGCACUGCUCAGAGGGCAAGCGAACAUUCAGCAGUCGGCUAAUUUUGGAAAAACAUAUUCGCGUCAGACACGGGAUCAAAACCCGACAGCCAUCAGAGCGACAGAGUGGUCCAAACACCAGGAAGCGUUCAGCUCCAGGAGAUGGGGCGGGCAGUUCUUCUGAUCUUGACAAUGAGGGCGGAGCUCCACCCGGAGGAGGAGGGGCCGACCCAGAUGAUGCUGCGGGAGAUGACUCCUCUGGCCCUGCGAAAAGAACUCGAGCAUCCGAGAAUCGACCGGUCGAGCAGGAGGAGGAUGACGGCACAUUCCGCUGCACACCCUGCGGCUUUACCACCCAGGACUGGGAUGAAUUUCAGCGUCACAUUCCCGUCCAUUGUGAUGCAGAAAGCGCGCCUAAGCAGUGCAUGCAGUGUGGAGCAUGCUUCGCCUCGGCCGGAUCCCUCAGCCGCCAUAAAUUCAUCACACACCGCUUACGUCAAGGUCAGCAUGACAGUCGUGGCGGAAACGCGUCGCCCGGGCAGUCAUCGCAGGAUGGCUCGCCCUCUUCGCCUAAAGCAGGAGAGGAGGGGGAAGGAGGGGCAAGCUGCAGAGUGUGCAGCCGACGUUUUGACAAAGCAUCAGACCUCAACACGCACUUCCGCACGCACGGAAUGGCUUUCAUCACGGCGCAUAGGACCGAUAAGCCCUAGUAAGAGAGCGAGAUGUCAAAAACUGCCAAUCAGAACAAGGCUUUGCACUGCAUGCGAGGUUGACCAUACAAUGAGAGGAGAGUGAGACUUUUCACCUGUAUUUAUGAUUGUAACAUUAAACCGAUUUUGAUGUGAUCUGUCUUCCAAAUUACACAAAAAGUUUAUUUUCCUUUUCUCUCCAGCAUUUCACUGAAUUCACACAAGGUCAAGUCACAUUGAUUUAGAGCUUUUGAGAGUGCUGCGCUCGAAUCCACACGGCAUUAAAGCAAAAAGGUGCUAGUGAAGGUUUUUUAAGAAAUCAAAAAAGGAAACACUGACAUUUUAAAUGUAAGAAGAUUGUACAGACAUUGUAGUACUGAUAUUUAUUUAUACAAAGCAUUCGUCUGUCUUUUGAUAAUCAUUCAGAAUUUAAUAAAAAAAAAUCCAAAGUGAUUGGAAAAAGUUUCAGUUGUUCAGGAGAUAUACAACAGAUAUUAGAGGUCAAGGAUUACUGAUGGAUUUUUUAAAAAGGUCAAUAUAAACAAACACACUGAUACAUUUCAAUCACAGAUACACAGAUCACAUUUCUAAGUGUAUAAAUGCAUAGCAUACAUUUUCGUUAUGGUUUUUGCAUUUAAAAAUGUGAAUUAGUUCAUUCUUUGUAUUUGCAUUUUUUCUUAGUUGACUUGUUAAAGUGGAAAUACUGAUAGUGAACGUUUUUGUUUGGACAAGGGGCCUGAAGUAUUUUUAUGACUUCUCAAAGUAGACAUUCAGUGUGAAGGAUUGCUUGUGCGUUUUAUUAACUUUGUACAAACUUGAAUGUUGUUUGUGUUUUUUUCUUUGGUAAAAGUCUUUCAAAAAUAUCCGUGCUUGUCGAAAAAGAAUUCUUAGAAACAAUAUUGUGAACCAAACGUGUGAGUGUGAAUUUAUAUCCUUCCCGUAAUAUAUGUAUAUGUUCCAUAGUCACUAGAUGGCCAUCUUAUUCUGUGAUGAACUGCCUGUUUCACUGCCGUACAUUCUGUGUCAUUUCUCUUGCCCUUCUUUCUGAAUAAAACAGUAAAUUGGUACGGUA